UCGAUCGUUGCGGUUCGAUCGGCCGCGGUUCGACCGAGUGUGGGUCGAGCGGAUGCGGUUCGACAGCGAGUCGAGCAGUUGCCGUCGGUUUGACGUCAGGCCGAGGGGCCGAUACGAUCAUAGAAUCGGGUGCAUGAGUAAUUGUGCCAAUGAUUCGGUUUGGUUCGACGGAAGCGAGGCCAAACACUCGGUUGGGUCGAGUCGAGCAUCGAACGGUCGAAGAUGACACACACACAGCAUAGAGACAGGGCCAAAACAAAAAAAAAAAAAAAAAAAAAAAAAAAACAAAGAAUAAAACACCGAAAAUGGUGAGGGGCAAGACCCCGCGAGGGAGGCGAUGUAAUUAAAAGAGAUGUAAUCCAAGUCGCUCACAUGCGUAGGGCAAAGUACUGUAACGCACAGUGCGGACGCCUAGUGUAGGGGCGACAAGGACAAAAGUAAAGAGUCGAGUACAAGUUCCAAGUCACUCACAUGCGUAGGGCAAAGUACUGUAAUACACAGUGCGGACGCCUAGUGUAGGGGUGACAGGGGGAUGGAACAAGGAAAUGCUACCAGGGAGACACGACUGUCCGCAAUUGGUUACAGAUACUGUAACGCACAGUACUGUGACUAGCUUCAGCGUGUAGGUAAAGACACAAAGUAAAUGAAAUAAAAGGUGAAGAGUCAAUUGCUAGUUCCAAGUCACUCACAUGCGUAGGGCAAAGUACUGUAAUGCACAGUGCGGACGCCUAGUGUAGGGGUGACAGGAAUAUGGAACAAGGAAGCGCUACCAGGGAGACACGACUGUCCGCAAUUGGUCGCAGAUACUGUAACGCACAGUACGGUGACUAGCUUCAGCGUGUAGGUAGUAGGUAGGUAGGCCACAAAGUAAAUAAAAAGACGCACAUAAGGCGAUCAAAGAACUAUAGACGAAGAAGAAACCAUUUCACAGCACACCACACUCCAUUUCACGGGCACAAGGACACACAAGGAAACUAAAUCUAGUAUAAACGCUUAAGGACACACGCACCACGCACACACCUAUACAUAUACCUACUAAUACAUAAGUACAUAUAGAGAUACACACGUAACAUCAUACACACAAACACUAUAAAUACGUAGAAUAAGAAAAGAGAAUAUUCAAAAUAGAUUAUAUGUCAAGGGAAAGCAGCAGCCAAAGGGUUAUUCCGGUAGACACGGAAGCUUUAGUAGCUAGUGACGAGAAUCAAGCACAAUUAGAGAUGAGUCAACCCAACAACGCAAGUGUGCUCGAAGCGGUUCGAGUCAUAGAGCUGGUGGAGAUUAUACCAAAGUAUGAAGGAAGUGUAGAGAAGUUAGAUGGGUUUAUAUCAGCGGUAGAGCAGAUAUUAGGCCUCAUAAAAGGUGAGGAAAGGUCAGCGGUAGGAACUAUAGCCCUUAGGGCUAUAAGAAGCAAGGUAAUAGGAGCGGCAGAUAGGACAUUGGAGUUGAAUGAGGUAGAUUUGAAUUGGGACAACAUUAAAAAGGCAUUGCUGUCUCAUUUUAGAGAUAAGAGAUCCGAGCAGGAUUUAAUCAUGGAACUUACACACAUAAAGGAGAAAAAAUUGGAGUUAGAGCCACUAUAUCAAAAGGUGUUGGAGUUAAGAAAGGCACUCGUCAGCUUGGGUAAGGCCAAAGAGCCCAACCCGUUGCUAAGGAGGGAAAAAACCAAAUGGUAUGAAGACAUGACACUAAACGCCUUCCUCUCGGCUAUAAAAGGGCCGAUAGGGCUAACAAUUAGGAAUAUCCAUGUAGACGACAUUUCAAAGGCAUACGAAAUAGCCUGUAGAGAGAGAAAUGUCUAUACUCUGGAUGGGCCGGAACAGGGGGCAAAAAAGUACCUGACAACAGAGAACCAGGCUAAAGAAACUAAAGAACCUUUGGCGCAAGAGCUCGACAGGAAAGAAACUCAGACGCCAGGGGUGCACCGGGAAACGCCAGGCUGGCCACAGUACCAAUGGGGAGUCAACGAUCAAUCAUCGUUCGGUAUGCCGUUCCCAAUGAAUAAUGGAAGUGGUUGGCCAGGUUUUGGGUUCGUCUACCCAAUGGGUGGAAACCCCUUCAGGGGAGCUCCCUUUAUGCAGAACGAACAAGCAGGGUACACUAGGGGCCCAGGUCGGAACCAGCAGUAUAGGAACCCUAGAUGGGGCUACGACCAACAGAACAAUGGAAGGCGUUGGGGACAGAACAAUCGCCAAGAGCAAUUAGCGAUCCAGUCACCACAAGACGCAGGGAGAAGCGGACAGUCAAGGAUGUCUAGAAUGACAAAUAACACAGGGCAGUCAUAUAACUCCAACAAUUCCAGACAGUCGUACGCAGCACAGCAGACACCUAGUACCUCAACUAGAGUUAGCGGACAACCCGCAGUUGGUCAGCUACACAAUAUUCAGGAAGAGGACGGAAAUUUUCUCCAGGCAGCCUCGAACAAAGCACAGGAUACCUAGGAGAAAGGAAGAAUCAGUCGACCCUGCCUUAUAUAGUG